UUGAGAAUGCCGAUUACUGACAAGGAUAUACCCUGUGUAAGGGCUAUUCAUAGCUGUGCGAAAUGCAAUCGACCAUUCAAGGGAAAGGACUCUAAAGAGAGUUAUAUUAAGCAUCUAGAACACAGUUCAAAACAUAAGAUCUCGAAGGCUAGUGUACCCGAAAGUUGUGGUCAAUGUGGUCGAUACUUUUCAAGCACGAGAGCUUUAAUUCAACACUUGAAAAAAAGUCGCCAUCAUUUGAAAGAUUUGCACUACGCCGCUUGCACGGGGAAAUUUCAACUCGUGGAGAAAUUAAUGAGAAAUGAGAUGGCAGAUUCGCCAGGAGACUCUCAUCAACCGUCGAAACCUCAGAUGGGAUUCACGCCGAUGCAUUGUGCUGCCUUCGGCGGCCACGAAGAGUGUUUGACGAUCAUGCUUAGCUGGGUCGAUGGAGAUCCAAAUGUUGUUGAUCCCAAAGAUGGCAAAACUCCUGUUCAUCUAGCUGCAUGGAAAGGACACGGGAACUGUCUCAGAUUACUGCUCAAGAAGGGUGGUGAUAUAAAUAGACCUGAUUGCAAUGGAAACACUCCAAUGUCUUUGGCAAAAGAUAGAUAUUGUAUGUAUGUAGUUGGAUAUCAUUUGGCUGCAAAGCAAUUCAAGCUGAUAAUGGAACCGUUAUGUGACAAUCUACGCCGUGUAAAUAUUGCAGAGGUACCCACGAAAAUCGAAGGUCGUGAAGAACCAAGGCAGGCUGAAGAAAUGAGUCCAUCAAAUAUUCAAGACAAAUCCAGUGAACCUUAUGAAGUUCUUGCGAGGGGCGAGUUGGCAGUUGAAAUAUUUAACAAGGCACUACUAGAGGGGAAAGCUUGUGUACCUCGUAUGCAGCUCACCGUGAUUGGAGAUGUAGGCGUGGGCAAGACAAGCCUGGUACGUUCUCUUAGUGGAGAAGAUUUUGUAGAAGAACGGGAAGAAACUCGUGGAAUUGUCACAUCCAUGGUUGAGAUGACAGAAUUAGACGAGUCGUGGCAUGCGGUUGACCUGAAUAAUUCCAUUGUAGAUGACAUUUUAGCUGAGAAAGUGUGUCAGGGAAUUAGAGGCACCCCAGUAAAAGGCCAGUCUAAUGAUUCUCAUGGCAAACAACCUGGUUGUUCUCAGUCAAGACUGUCUUUUCCCCCAACCAAUUUCAGGCGACUUGCUAGCAUAGAAGGUCCAUCUACUUCAGGAGGUACUGGAAUAAGAAGCAACGCGGAUGAAACAAGUAUGGUGAAUAUGUCUCCUGCUGCAAGUCCCAGUGUUCUAUUUGGAGACACUACUUCACGUACCAUGCCAGUCGAUCAAAUCAAGCGAAAGCUGAGUCACCCUGUGGGAACGUCACCGAAUGAUAGCGAGAAGAAGUACACUAAAAUCAGCAUUUGGGACUUUGCAGGCCACUCUUUGUAUGAAGCAAUGCACCAUGUUUUCCUAAAUCGGCGUUCAUUUUAUCUUGUUGUAUUGAAUUUGGUUCGCCUGUGUAACCCUGAGACUGUUAACCAAGCCUUAGAGGAGAUACACUUUUGGCUCAAUUCCGUACGCGUACAUACUCCUCACACGACACCUGUGUUCCUCGUAGGAACGCGUCGUGCUGAAGUGGCGAACGAAGAUUUGGCUACUGCAGAGAGUGUCCUUUAUGAUGAAUUGGUAGAGAGCUUUGGGCAGCAACUGGUUAAUAGUAAAGAACGAAGCUUCUUGUUUCCGGUAGAAAACUCCCUAGGUGGUGAAGACUCUGGUGCCAUAGCCUUAAGGAAAGCUAUCGAAAAUGAAGCUGCUCUCUUACAGAAAAUGGAGGAGGAACUUCCUGUGCUGUGGCUUCAUUUUGAAGAGGAAAUUCUGAAGUGCAGGGAUCAUCCACUUUUCCCACCUUGUGUGCGCAAGAUCAACCUGAAACGCAUGAUGGAGCAGAAUACUUCCCGUGUUGUCGAAGAAAGAGAGUUUGACAGCAUGCUGCAUUUCUACCAUGACAGCGGAGUGAUAAUCCUACCAGAGGAGCUGAUCGGACCGACGACGUAUCACUCCGAGCUGAACGACUUGGUGGUCAUCAAUCCACAAUACCUAGUCGAUGUUAUGACUUGUCUUCACGAUGUUACCGACCACCUGGAUAUUGAUCGUAGACACCGUAGUCAGUGGAAGACCUUGCAAGAGGAAGGAGUGGCUGACAUCGAGCUUCUUAAGUUUUUAUGGGAAAAAUUCAGAAGCCCUAUUGCUGAGCUUGUUGGUAUCUUGGAAGCGUCAGGUAUGCUGUGCCCGAUCUCUGCCUCAGCUGAGGUAAAAGACCACGAAGAUGGCACCGUUCCAGUUGAAGGUGACGAGAAUAGUGCUCAAAUCAGCAAAUACAUUGUUCCAUUUCACCUAAAAGAGAAAAGCUUGAUGAGAAAGUGGGAAAAGCUUUGUCAGAAAAGCUGGUCUGGAAUUUGUACCUCAGACAAACUCCUCGUGUUUGAUUUCCGUAGUUUCCUACCUCCCGCUCUCUUUAACUACUUUAUUGUUCGUACUAGCGCAAGAAGCAAAGACAGCAGUGGUAUGAAACCGAUCAUCACCAAAGGGAUGGCCAUAUUUUCAUUUGAAGAUAGUUUCUUUCUUCUUACGGAGAUGUGUCAGAAACACAACCAAAUUCGAAUCAGGGCAAGGUACAAAAAUGGCAAGAAGCUCCACAAAUUGUUUAACAUACUUAUGUCAAUAAUGACAGACAUUUGUCAGCGCCAGUUUAGAUUUCUUAAGUUCAGCUUUGGGCCUGUCUGUCCUAACCCACGUUGCCCUGGGUCAUCCAGUGACGGAACGGUUCGCCGAGCGGAAACCUCCUCUGAUGAAAGUGAUGAAGGCGAUGAUGAUGGAGAGUGCGAAGGUGGUGGGCUCGUGUCCUCUGUCCAUUCCCCAGCCGAAGGCGUUCGUCGCCACGUAAUCUGCAUUGACCCAACUGCGCCAUCUAAGCCCAUGUGGUGUAACUCUACGCCAGUCCACGAAUUUGAAGAAAUUAAACAGUGGUUUGUCGAGCCGCAAGAUGGCAGUUCUAAGGUCCCAGAGGAUUCUCCUUGUUAUUCUGAACAAGUUCAGAGUUGCUGCCUUGUCGUAGUCGCCAAGCAACUGGCCAACAAUUGGAAGUGGCUUGGAAGAGCCCUUCUUGUAUCAGAUACAACCAUUCAAAACAUCCAUGUUGAAAACAGCUCAGAGAACGAAAGAUCUUAUCAAGUCCUCAUCCAUUGGGAGCGAACCGUGGGUCACAAAGCGACUGUACUUGAACUGAUAAAAGCAAUUGAAGAGGUUGGCGACGUUUCAACUUUGGAGGCAUUUGAGCAACACCUUGGUGAUCGUCACGUUAAUGCAGCCGAUCCUGGUUCCUUUCAGUAGGCUGUUUUCCUCUCCACACAGACCUCUAGAUUAGAAAACAUAAGUAACAACAGUUUUCUCGUUAUCUCUUUUUUCGACCACCGCGUACCCUGAACUUUUAGCAAUCCCAUGUGAGAAUCACCAGGAUGCUCCUAGAACAUUUUGAAGUUAACCCUUGCGGCCAAGUAAGAAAAUUCUCAGUUUAGAUUGGAAUGACCUCUUCUCUGCCCACCUUUCUCCUUGUCUGUCUGUCUGUCGAGUGACAUGCAGAAAGAGGGACUACCCUUAAUAGGAGAAGCACACCACACAAUCAACUGCGGCGUACAGUCGUAAGAAAAGCAAAAUUGGUUUUGGCUUUUUUUCUGAUAAAAACAGAUAAUUUCAAGGAUUCAGGCAUAGUUUGAGAUUUUUAAUUAAGGCUGACAGCGCAUAUCAUUGUCUUUAUUCACUGAAACUUCCCCAACUUUCUCAUGAAGUAGAUAAGAAUAUGGCGGAGAACGAUUUAAAACUAUUGUAUUCGUUGUUAGGACUUAGGACUUAAAUGGAACAGAAACAUAAUAACUUUUUUGAAUUCUUAGAAUGUUUAAUACUGGCAGAGUAAAAGACGCGAUUGGAACAAAAACUGCCAGGAAAUUCGAGACAAAUCUUCCUAAAUGUCUUUCAAGAGAAUUUGUCAAUAGGUAAGAGCGAAAUAUUGAGACACAUUUUAUUUCUGAUCUAAGGAAAGUUAUUUUUUUAAACCUUUUGGAUACCAUUCAAAGCCUUCUUGUUGUCUUAUUCUUUGUUUAGACAAUUUAACAGUGAGUUUUGUCGGAAUUUCCUCUCAUUUUUUACGUAUAUUGCACUUUACUUCAGUCUAAGUGCAAGAUUAAAAAAAAAAA